AUGUUGGUGGCGGUCCGCAUGUUGAUGGUGGUAUCCAUGGUGGUGGUGGUCCGCAUGGUGGUUGUCCGCAUGGCAGUUGUGGUCCGCAUGGUGGUGGUGGUCCGCAUGUGUCCGCAUGGUGGCGGUGGUCUGCAUGUUAGUGGUUUUCCGCAUGGUGGUCCGCAUGUUAGUGAUCUGCAUUGUGGUACUGGUCCGCAUGGUGGUGGUGGUACGCAUGUUAGUGGUCUGCAUGGUGGUAGUGGUCCGCUUGGUGGUGGUGGUCCGCAUGUUAGUGGUCCGCAUGGUGGUGGUCCACAUGGUGGUGGUCUGCAUGGUGGUAGUGGUCUGCAUGUUGGUGGUGGUCUGCAUGGUGGUGGUGGUCCGCAUGGUGGUGGUGGUCCGCAUGGUAGUAGGUGUCCGCAUGGUAGCGGUGGUCUGCAUGUUGGGUGUGAUCCGCAUGGUGGUCCGCAUGUUAGUGAUCUGCAUUGUGGUACUGGUCCGCAUGGUGGUGGUGGUACGCAUGUUAGUGGUCCGCAUGGUGGUAGUGGUCCGCUUGGUGGUGGUGGUCCGCAUGUGUUCGUAUUCCUUCAUAUUGGUCCAUAA